AGUGGAGAUGAAGCUGAAGCUGCACACCGUGGAGUACGUGGUGUUCGACGAGGCCGACAGGCUCUUUGAGAUGGGCUUUGCUGAGCAGCUCCAGGAGAUCAUUGCCCGGCUCCCAGAUGGCCACCAGACCGUGCUGUUCUCUGCCACGCUGCCCAAGCUGCUCGUCGAGUUUGCCCGGGCUGGCCUCACUGAGCCGAUGCUGAUCCGCCUGGAUGUGGAGUCCAAGCUGAGUGAGCAGCUCAAGCUGGUGUUCUUCCAUGUGCGCGGGGACGACAAACCGGCCGUGCUGCUCCACCUGCUGCGCAGCGUGGUGAAGCCCCAGGACCAGACAGUUGUCUUUGUGGCCACCAAGCACCACACAGAGUAUCUGAGGGAGCUGCUGACAGCACAGGGCAUCCACUGCACCCACAUCUACAGCUCUCUGGACCAGACUGCCCGCAAGAUCAACAUUGCCAAGUUCUCCCAGGGCAAGUGCCCAGUGCUGCUGGUCACCGACGUGGCUGCCCGUGGGCUGGACAUCCCCAUGCUGGACAAUGUCAUCAACUUCAGCUUCCCUGCCAAGGGCAAGCUGUUCCUGCAUCGUGUCGGCCGUGUGGCCCGAGCUGGCCGGAGUGGCACUGCCUACUCGCUGGUGGCUCCUGACGAGAUGCCCUACGUGUUCGACCUCCACCUCUUCCUGGGGCGCCCGCUCGUCCUCGCUGGAGCACAGGAGAUGCCUGCUGGUGAGGGACGGCUGUGUGGCCACUGGGGUGUUAUCCUUGGCCAGUGCUGCAGUUUGUGGACUUGUGGUGGGCCCUCACAGAGAGGG